AAAUAAUUAUUUUACCCUGAAUAUAACUAAAUGGUUGCUUGGCAACUGAAAGUGUUUCUUGAAUUUGGUUAAGUAACAAACGAUAUGACAAUAAUUAAAUUAUUUUCUUUCAAAGUAAAAAAAAAUGUCACAUAAAACGGAAGAGACGCUAAUUUUUCCAAAUUCAUCCGUAUCUUCCGUAAUAAAUCACGAUUUAUUGGUUAAUUUAGUCAUCGAUCAGGGUCCCAAGGAGGAGGCCGGUAAAUUAUUCGCUGAAGAUGAUAUUAAUUUGAGCGAAGUAAAGGAAAUAAGAAUUGAACAUCUAAAUAUUUUGAACAUCAGUCAUCUUUGGAUAAUGAGCAAUUUGGUGAUUCUGAAAUUAUCCAGUAAUAUAAUAGAAAAAAUCGAAAAUUUGGAGAAUCUUGUUAAAUUAAAGGAAUUGGAUUUAUCUUUCAAUCGAAUAAAAAUAAUGGAGAAUUUAAAUCAUCUUGUCGAUUUGGAAAUUUUGCUACUUUACAACAAUAAUAUUGAAGUUGUCGAUGGGAUCGACAAUUUAGAAAAACUUCAGAUUAUAAGUCUUGGGAGAAAUGAAAUUAAAUGUCGAAAUCAUGUGAUGUAUUUACGCAGAUUCAACAAUUUAAGAACUUUAAAUAUGGAGGGAAAUCCAUGUACAGAAGAUGAGGAAUAUUUGGAUUAUUUAAUUGCGUACAUUCCUCAAAUUGUUUAUUUACAAUACAAAAUGAUAACUGAAGAGCAGCGGAGAAAAGCCAUUGAUAAGCAUUUUCGAGAAAUAUGUAAUCUCCAGGAAAAAGAAGACGAGGAAAAGGAGGCAAUGAUUGCAAAGAAAAAUUACGAAGAUCACUUUAUUCAAAUUUCCGCCUGCUAUGUUGAAUAUUUAGAAGAUGAUCAUUUAUUCAAUCAAAUGUUUAAUAAUGACAAAGAGGGAAAAGCAUUGAUGAAAAUAAAUCGCGAAACGGAAAGUGCACACGAGCAGUACAAAAUAGCUUUCUCAUCAUUUUGUCACGAAUUGUUUGAUUAUGGAAUUAAAGAACAGAAACGAAGAAUGGAAGAAUUUGAACUUUUUCAAAAAACAGUCGAUAAUGGUAAAGAUGAUGCGCAACAAGAAGCACAUCAAUUAAUAGAAGAAAUUUUGGAAAAUAAAUCGAAAACUUUCUUUCAAGUCACUAAUUUAAUAAAAAGCAUCAGUGGAGAAAAUUUAGAGGAAUCGAAGAAAAACAUUUCCAAAGUGAAAUUAAUUUCUGAAGAAUUUGAUGAUUUAUUGCAUAAAACAUGGAAGAGUCUAAUGAAUAGGGAAAUUAUUUUACAUGAACAAUUGGAGGAUUUAAAUGAAAUUUUUAAAAUAAACAUGACGGAUAUGGUUGGCUCCUGCUUGGAAACUGCACAAGGAUUUUUCACAAUGAUGAGAAAUGCCGAAAGGGAAUAUGACGAUAAUUUAAAAUCGCUUGUGACAUUAUUUAUAAAUAGUUUCGGUGAUAAUACAUUGCCACUUGAAUAUCAAGAGAUUUGUGGUUCCAAAGAUAUAAUGAUUAAUAAUUUUGGUGCCUCGCACGAUAUGCAUUUACAUGUGAUCGAUGAUCGAGAGGACAUUUUUGUGAAUCGAUUAAAAAACUGGUUGGAUGAAUUGACCGAUAAACAAAGAGAAGAGGAAAAGAAAAGACAUCGCAAUCAAAUUUUGGAAAUUUCCCAUUUCUUCGAUUUUCAACGCGAGGAAUUUCAUAAACUUCAACAACGACAGGAAUUAAUUUUAACGAGACUUAAUGAAGAUGAGAAUGAAGCUGACGAGGAAAAUGAUAAAACAAUUCAGGACAGCACAAAAGAUGUAAGCAGAGAGGAAAUUAACGAAGACGAAGUUCAAGAAUACGAUUCUAGUGUAGAUAUUAAAAAAUAUUCCGACAAUGAAAGUAUCAAAGAAGAUGUCGGUGAAUUUGACAAUGAGAAUACUGCUUAUAUUUAUCCAGAUUCUAUAUCGAAUGAAUUAAAUCUAACGGACCACUAAAUGAAAAAAGUAAAUAUUUUAUCAUUU